UGACGCGCGCCGUUUCCUUGGUGAUGAGUCGGGCGGUCCAGGCCGGGCCUGGUGGCUGGAGGAGGAUCCGCACCCUCUGUGUGUAUUACAGCGGCAUUGGCGUCGGGACUGCGCUCUUCGUGUACGGCGAUAUGGCUGAACUGGGGUUGAAUGAACACCAUCAGAAUGCAGUAAUCAACUACAUGCGCUUUGCUCGUUCGAAAAGGGCACUAAGGCUGAAAACUGUUGAUUCUUGUUUUGAGGAUCUAAAGGACAGUAGACUGACUGAGGACACUUUCACUGUGGAUGAAGUUGGGGAGAUGUUGGAUGGACUGAAGGUUGUGGUCCACAGUGAGGUAGAAUCAGAGCUCAUCAACACAGCUUACACUAACGUGUUGCUUCUGCGUCAGUUGUUUUGUCAGGCUGAAAAAUGGUACCUGAAGUUACAGACAGACAUCUCUGAUCUGGAAAACAGAGAACUCUUGGAACAAGUGGCAGAAUUUGAAAAAGCAGAAUUUACUUCAUCAGGAAAGAAAGCAAACGCAGAAAUCACUAAACCCAAACUUGCUCCACUAAAUGAAGGAGUGUCUGAACUCUUGAGUAAGGAAAUUACAAGACUCCAAGAUGAGAAUGACAAACUAAAGGCUAGACUGAAGACAGUAGAAAUACAGGCGACAAAUGCACUUGAGGAAAAGCUCAAAUUGGAACAAAUUCUAAAUGACUUGGAUAAAGUUCCAGAGGACGAAAAGUCCAAAUUAAAAACACAGGAAGUUGCUGCUCUUGAGAAGACGUUGGCAGCUUUGAAAGCUGAUUUUGAAAAGAACCUGAGCAUGAGCACUGCAAAGCAAAAGAGCCUACAAGAUAAUCUCAUUUCCACUAAACAUGAUCUACUCAAAGUACAGGAACAUCUGUCGUUGACUGAAAAGGAGUUGGACAAAAAAUUCCAGGAAACAGCUGCUUAUCGCAACAUGAAAGAAAUAUUAACAAAAAAGAAUGAGCAAGUGAAGGAAUUACGGAAACGUCUUUCAAAGUAUGAAGCAGCAGACUGAGGACAUGAUUUGGCUCUCGUCAAACGGCUUCAGAAUGUCAGAAUGGACUCACUACAUUCUUUAUUUUCUCCACAUUUGGGAACUAUGUUAUCAUAUUUAGAAUUGUCUAUUUUAACAUUUUACCUACAUUAAAAUUAUAUUGCAUUCCUUUAAAA